AUGCACUAUUUGAUUGACAACUUGUGGAAAGCAAUCAGCCAAAUAAUGAGUAAUGGUAAAGAAUCAUUAGAGAAGAAGACAACUGAGAAAACGAAUAAUGCGUCGGUGAUAAUUUAUGUUAUCAAUAAUUACAUUGAAGAGGAAGUUGGAGAUGAUGAAGAAAAAAAACCAAUGAUAAAGCAAAGUGCGACGAUGAUAAAUACGGAAUUGAGAGAUGGCAACAAGACAACAUCAUUAGCUAAGAAACAUGGAAACAAUAAGCAACAAAAGUCGACUACAAAACUAGCUGAUAAAAUUCUAAAAACUUCAGAAUUAACAACUCAAUCCUUAAAACUGUCACCUUCAAAAAAUCACACAAAUAUUUUUUCAUCAAAGUCAACAAAAAAAGCAAAGGAAAAAUCAGGGAGAGUGCGUGUAAAAAAACCAGAAAUUGAUACUACAUCUUCCAUUAUCUUACCCAAAAUGAACCUUGAUACGAAAAUCGUCUUAUCAAGUGUUACAACAGUUUCAGACACACAAUCGAGAAUGACUGCAUAUCCCUUUCAAAAUAUCUCUUCAAAUUAUAGCAUUGGAGAUAAAGCAACAACUAAGUCCUUGAAGAAAAUAACUAACAACAGUAUCAGUCAAAAAUUAACGACCAAAAUCGAAAACCGGCCAACAGAAGCAAUACAAAUGUCCACAGAUUUUGCAAAAAUAGACGAACACAAUUUUGAUGCACCAAAUGCUUUCGGCAAUCAAUCUAGCACUUCAAUCGUUACUUCUACUGAAGCAAUGAAAAUUGAAACAAAGUUAACAACAAUGAAAUAUCAAAAUUUGAGCGUGCCAAUGAAAGAAGAAGAUUCUAAGAGAAAACAAACCAAACAAAAUCAGCAAAUGCAAAAUAAAAAAGUUAUAUCACUAACUACACGAACAGUAAAAAAGAUUGCGACCAAUAAGAAAAAAUCGAAAGUUUCCUCACAAGUUUUGUUUGGAAUGAGUGCACAUCUACCCAAAAAUAAUUCAGUAAAAUUUAUCUCAAAAAUUAUUAAGACCAUUAGCAUACCGCUGUCCAUUGCUGCUUCCAGCACAGAAACUAAAAACGUUUCUAAAACAUCUAGAAGAAACUUCAUGGAUGCAAAUGCAUUUUCGAAGAUAUCCUUGAAGAAUAAUACCACUAAAGCAUUACUGAAAUUAUCUACACUCGAACCAAAAACAACUAAGAGAUCUCUUUCAAUAAAAACUAGUUCCGAAUCAAAUAAUUUUCAAGCAAAGAAAAAAAACUCCCUCAAAACAAUGGUGACAUCAAAUACAAUUGCGCCAGCGAAAACUACAGGAGUUAUGAAAUCGAAAGAAGUAAUUUUGAAAUCAAAUGUUUCUAGAGCAAAUUUUUCAUCUUCAGUGACUGAAACUCUCACAUCACCGAAGUUUGAAAUAAAUUCACAAGCAUUUUCUUUGCCUACCUUAUCACAGCUACUACCAGUAACUAUGGCGACAUCACAGACAUUGAAUAAUAAUUCACAACUUUCCACAAAUAAUCCCUCAAUGCUUAAUGUAAUUGCCGACGAUGAAGUGGAAAUAGAAAACACUUCAUCACUGACAUCUGCAAAUAACAGCUCUGACCAUCUGUUAGAAAAAAAUCAACUGCACUACCAUUACUUGAAAAUAUUAGCAGAAUACAUGGAUCUCAGCUUUCCUCACCUUCUAUUAUCACAAAUUUUGAAUUUCUUAAUAACUUAA